GUCAAGCGCAAAACUGAAAGGAACCACGCAAUGUUCGGCCUACCGGAAUUUUGGCUCCUGUUAGCCGGUAUCGUGCUUAGCUUUAGCGUGUGCAUUCUGGCGGAGGAUGUUUCCUGUACCAGAAUCGAUUUUGAUCAAGCGACAUUGACGUAUUUGUCACGUUGCUCCUAUAUUCAGGAAUUUACCGUAAAGCCAUAUCACGCAUCAACGGUAUUUACUCCGUACCGGGAUUUUGCUGAAUAUUACCUUUCGGAACAGUGGCAAGGAUUGACAUGUGGUGAAACAGUGCAGAGUUUCAGUGUGAAUGAACAAACUGAACUGAGGAUGGUGUACAAUUUAAUUUUUGAUUUGAGUGCGUCAUUGGAGGUUAGGAUAUUGGACUUAGAUCGUAUUGAUAGCGAAGGAAACCCGACGGUUGUCAUUCGAUGGAAAACCGAACAGGCUACCCGCGGCUGGGGAUUGUUUCAACAGAAGAUGGAUUUGGUUAUCAAACGCGCUAAGAUACAAAUCGAAGCUAAUAUGAAUUCUGGCAGUGAUCUUGCUAUUGAGUAUUUCACCGUUUUUAACUAUGAAAUAGAAACAGAUGAUUGCAGAUCCUUAGAUGAAUUCGCAACAACAAUGAUAACUUCUACUAUUACUACUCCUUCUUUCACUACAACUACAACUCAUCCUAUUACUACUACUACUACUUCUACUCCUACUACUACCAUCCCUACUACUACCUUCCCUACUACUACUACUACUACGACUACUUCUACUACUACCUCUACUACAUACGCAACGAGUACUACAAGCAAUCCUACUACUACCAUUACUUCUACUACAACCAGUACAUCUUCAUCUAGUGCGUCUUCUACAACUGCUUUCAUUGAGAGCACAACUCUGAGUUCAACAACAAAUUCUCCAAGAGACGAAAGCACAUCGUCAGCUAACCAAGCGAUGACUUCUACAUUCAAACCGGUUGUCACAGCAUCGCCUCCAAGCAAAGCGAACGCAACCGAUUGGAUAUGGAUAGCACUGGCAGCAGUGUUUGCCUUUUUGUUUUGUCUGGCCGUAGUUAGCGCAGCCUACAUUUAUGCUAUGAAUAGAAGCCUGCUUAAAAUUGCUCUGUUGGUAAAAAUAAAAAGCAGAGGCAAAUCGUCGCAAACUGGAAAUCGUUUACAUGAUAACCGUAAACGGAGUCUGUGGAAUGAGCCCUACCACAGUAUUCAAGCCUUCUGCCGUAACACGCAGAGGAUUCCGUUCUUUCGUGACAAACUCGUGGGAUCAAACUGGAUUCAAAUAAAAAUAAAGCAACAAGCCUCAAACCCGGAUCCCGGCAACUUUACUUUGCCGGAACAAAUUCAGCUAACACACUCCAUGGCGUGCAGCCUGACAAGAUUGCACGCAACAGGCGAGACCAAGGCGAUGGAAUUGCAGAAGAACUUCAACCUUGACGGUGACUCGCUGGACAAAGGGCCUUCAGUUUCAUCACUAAUCCUUAGUUCGCCAAGUCGGAAAGAGGAGAACCCGACGGACAGUCUUCCCGAUCCGGAGAAGCACGGGGUCACCCACGCGAGGAGGCCACCGACUCAAUUCGUCAAGCAGUCGACCAGGUUAAUCAACACCUACGCACCUACAAACGACAUAUCCGAUGACGUCAAAGAUGAGUUCUAUGGAAAGCUGGAACGAACCUAUGACGAAUGCCCGAAACACAUCGUAGAAGUCGUAAUCGGAGAUGCAAGAAAUCAGGGUCAGCUACAAGAGACAACUACACUUGUCGCAUUGGCAUUUAUGUCCAAUGCCGUUCAGGCCCACAAAAAAACCUUUUUCGAAAAUUAG